ACGUAGGCGGGGAAGCGUACAUAAACGUCGACGCAGGCGGCGGGGCUGCUCAGUCCUCUAGGCGUCGGUGCUCCGUAGUGUCGGGAUCUCGCUGCGUGUCGGCCCGUGCGCGCGUGCGCCGACAUGGCCUCAAACGACUAUACCCAACAAGCAACCCAAAGCUAUGGGGCCUACCCCACCCAGCCUGGACAGGGCUAUUCCCAGCAGAGCAAUCAGCCCUACGGACAGCAGAGUUACGGUGGUUACAGCCAGUCAGCGGACACUUCCGGCUAUGGCCAGAGCAGCUACGGCUCCUACGGACAGACCCAGAACACAGGCUAUAGCACUCAGUCAGCUCCCCAGGGCUAUGGCUCAGCGGGUGGCUAUGGCGGCAGCCAGAGUUCUCAGUCGUCCUACGGGCAGCAGUCUUCCUACCCUGGCUAUGGCCAGCAGCCAGCUCCUAGCAACACGUCGGGAAGUUACGGUAGCGGUUCUCAGAGCAGCAGCUAUGGGCAGCCCCAGAGUGGAGGCUAUGGGCCCCAGUCUGGCUAUGGCAGCCAACAGCAAGGCUACGGACAGCAGCCAAGCUCCUAUAAUCCCCCUCAGGGCUACGGACAACAGAACCAGUACAACAGCAGCAGCGGAGGGGGUGGUGGAGGCGGGGGAGGGAGCUACGGCCAAGAUCAGCCCCCCAUGAGUGUUGGCGGCGGUGGCGGCGGUUAUGGCAGUCAGGACCAGAGUGGUGGUGGCGGCGGUGGCUACGGGGGAGGCCAGCAGGACCGAGGGGGCCGCGGCCGGGGCGGUGGUGGCGGUUACAACCGCAGCAGUGGUGGCUAUGAACCCAGAGGCCGUGGAGGUGGCCGUGGAGGCAGAGGCGGCAUGGGCGGAAGUGACCGAGGUGGCUUCAAUAAAUUUGGUGGCCCUCGGGACCAAGGAUCACGCCAUGACUCUGAACAGGACAAUUCCGACAACAACACCAUCUUCGUGCAGGGCCUGGGCGAGAAUGUCACCAUCGAGUCUGUGGCCGACUAUUUCAAGCAGAUCGGUAUUAUUAAGACGAACAAGAAGACGGGACAGCCCAUGAUUAAUCUGUACACGGACAGGGAGACGGGCAAGCUGAAGGGAGAGGCAACAGUGUCGUUCGAUGACCCGCCUUCUGCUAAAGCGGCGAUUGACUGGUUUGACGGUAAAGAAUUCUCUGGGAAUCCCAUCAAGGUCUCAUUUGCUACUCGGCGAGCAGAUUUCAACCGGGGCGGUGGCAAUGGGCGUGGAGGCCGAGGGCGUGGAGGACCCAUGGGCCGUGGAGGCUACGGUGGAGGCGGUGGCGGUGGUGGGGGCCGGGGUGGAUUCCCCAGCGGCGGCGGCGGUGGCGGGGGACAGCAGCGAGCUGGCGACUGGAAGUGUCCCAACCCUACAUGUGAGAACAUGAACUUCUCUUGGAGGAAUGAAUGCAACCAAUGUAAGGCCCCUAAACCAGACGGCCCCGGAGGGGGCCCAGGAGGCUCUCACAUGGGGGGUAGCUAUGGAGAUGACCGCCGCGGCAGCAGAGGAGGCUACGAUCGGGGAGGCUACCGAGGCCGAGGCGGGGACCGCGGGGGCUUCCGAGGGGGCCGGGGUGGUGGGGACAGAGGUGGCUUUGGCCCUGGCAAGAUGGACUCCAGGGGUGACCACAGACAGGACCGCAGGGAGAGGCCCUAUUAGCUUGCCUCUUGAGGCUCUGGAACAGCUUUUCUUCUAUACCCAGUGUUACCCCAUUAUUUUGUAACCUUCCAACUCCUGAUCACCCACGGGUUUUUUGUGUCGGACUAUGUAAUUGUAACCAUAUUUCUGGAUUCCAUUAAAAACCAUCGUUUUAGUUAAAUUUU